CGAAGAGUUGCCUUGAAGGGAUUCAUACUCUGCAAUUGGAAUUAACGAAGACCAUACGGGAAUGGCCAAAGAUGUCAAAAAGACCAAGUACGCUUCUCCGGAGGGCUCGCAAAAGUGGGAAUAUCUCUGCGCGUUUUUCUGCGCGAUCAGCUCAGCCUGCACCGGUAGCGUCCUAGGAUGGAAUUCGCCCACUUUAACCGAAUUCGAGGCAGCAAAUUCGCCGUUCUCGUUGAGUGUCCCGGAGGUGUCGACCCUGUCAGCCGCACCGUCAUUCGGCAACGCAGUCUCUCCGAUAUUCUGCGUUCUCACCAUAAACAGGAUUGGCCGAAGAAAUAGCCUCCUGCUUUCCAUGAUCCCAAUGACCGUUAGCUGGGGUCUAAUUCUCAUCGCUGAAGACGCCAGGGUUCUGAUCGCGGCAAGAAUAAUCGCCGGAUUCGCAGCGGGCGUAAUAUUUUACACGAUUCCAAUAUACAAGGGGGAAAUUCUCUCGUCGCACUUGCGCGGACCUCUGUCAUCCGUCGGCAGCAUUACGUACAAUAUAGGCAAUGUCUUCAUGUUCGCGGUGGGUCCAUAUCUCGGGUUCCGAAUCACGGCAGGCGUCUGCAUGGCCGUGGGAAUCUGCCUCCUGAUUUCCUUCUGGGUCAUCCCCGAGUCACCCUACUUCCUCAUGAUGGUCGGCAAGGAGGAUCAGGCCGAAGGUGCGCUCGAAAAGCUUCGGGGCAAACCGGACGUCUCGGACGAGCUUGAGCAGAUCAAAACUACCCUCCGCGAGAAGGGAAAGACUUUGAUGAAAUCGGAGAAAACAAGAAGCGAAGUACAUCCGAAGAAGUGGAGCGAUGCUCUCGUACAGCUCUUCACGAUACGCGGCAACAUAAGAGCCUUUUUCAUCAUAGUCAUAUUCUCCGUAAUGAUGCAGUUCUCCGGUCUGGGUAAAAUCAUUACUUACGGCCAUAUUAUAUUCAAGGAUAUGGGCUCUCCCGUUGAACCGGCCACAAGUACGACGAUAUUCGCCGUACUUCAAUUGGUUUGCAACGUGUUGGGAUUCGGGACGGUCACCAGAUUCGGCCGCAGGCAGCUCGUCUUAUUCUCGGGAGUAUUAUCCGGUAUUUGCCUCAUGAUUAUCGCCACUUACUUUUAUCUCAUAGAGCACACGAACAUCGACGUUAAACGAUUCGCUGUCAUCCCUUUCUGCACCGUGUUUAUUUUUAUCUUAGUGCUAACUACCGGUUUCAAUGUCGCAUACGGUGUCAUAAUCACUGAAAUAUUUUCCACUGACAUCAAGGCACUGGCUCUCUGCAUUAUAACAAUAUUCAGCAGUAGCAUAAGCAUGUUUUCCAUCAAGUAUUAUUUACUAAUGGUCAAGUCCUGGGGCUUUGGACAUUCAGUACCAUUCUUUAUUUUCACGAUCUCAAUGUGGCUCGGUACCGCCCUCCUCUCGUGGUUGCUCCCUGAGACCAAAGGCAAGACCCUUCUAGAGAUUCAAAGGAAACUCAACGACUGAUAAACACGUCGAUUAAUGAACUCAUAAAUAAUUUAUUCGAUAACCAACGUUUGAUAAGCUAAUGAAAAUUAAAUAGUUUUCUGAACGCAAAACACUUGGAAGAUUUGAUAUGUGAAAGACUGUUUGCGACGACGAUUGGAUAAUCACGUGCAGUUAUGACUGACAGUGAAUUUUAUAAUUUUUUUAAUUAUUUGAGAAGAUGCAUUUUUGCCUUGUGUUUUAGUAAGUAAUAAAAACUCUGAAAGACUUUCGAAUAUAAGAACAUAAUAGGACACGUAUUUCCUUGGAAUAAACCAAUGCCUAGCUAUGCGGUUUAAUUUUUUGUAAUACUAGUUCACUAGUUGUAUCAUUUGUAUCUGAUAUAUAUGUGAAUAAUCGAUAAGAUCAAGGUCUUGUUUUCCUUUAUUUUUCCGAAAGCACGACGAGGGCACCUUAUUUUCAUCUUCACAAUAGAACUUACUUCACUAACUGCAAAUAGUUGUACAGUUUUUGAUUACUACUCUCCUUACUGGCUGUCUGUCAAAAAUUUGCCUCAAAGUUCCCAUUUGCUAAAAGUUUCCGGUACCCUAUAUGACUUAAUCUCAAAUUUACUAUUUUUUAAUCGGUGAUUAACCACUUGAUUAAAUGCCAAAGCGUCAUAACGACAUCAAGCGCGCCCGUGACAUUAGUGCCAGAAAUCGCGAAAUGGCGUUAUGAAAUAAUUCAAUGUUUUUGGUGUCUCGGAGAGAUAUUUAUUUUUAAAAGCAUGGGUUUUGAUUAUAUUUGAUGUCAACGAAUCCGAUUACGACCAUAAAAAGUGAUUUUUUUCCGCGCAAUCAAACACUUUUGAACUCUCAAAGUUGACGAAUUUUUAAUCGUUUUUUCAAAGGGCGUCAUAGAACAAACUAUCUUUUUUAUUCGGGAUGCAUUUUUCCUUCGAAAAACACUGAAUUAUACUAUUUUCGAGUUCAAAUCCGCAAUUUAAAAAAUUACCGAGUUAAUGUGAUUUAUUUUACACACUAGGAAGAGUCUUGUUACAGUGAA